AUGGCCACGACCAUGUUCCAUUUCAAAUGGACCAUGUCGUUCGUUGCAGUCGCAGGGCAGCAGAAGGGAGACGCUGCGUCUGUGUGGGCUUGGCUGUGGACCGGAUUGCUUUGCUUGCCAGGAAUCGAACUGACGGGAUUGGACUGGGAGACAGCAAAGCAAAAUGCCGAACAGCAGAGCACAGCAGAGGAGAGCAGCGCAGCGCAACACCUCACACCUCACACAGCACGGGCAGCAAGGCGUGGCGUGGCGUGGCAUGGCAGUCCGCCGCUCCAUCAGCGAAUACGGCAGACGCAGCUCAAUUGGGGGUCGGGGACCAUGGAAAAAGACCGGGGUGAGGACGGGACGAGGACGGGAUGA